AUGGCUCCCCUACGGGAGUUGGUCGAAUGGCUACCUGCCCCCAGCAAUACCUUGAUGUCGCGCCAAUUCAGUCAGACCCGUGAUGCGACCACCAGUUCCCAAUUGCUGUCCCUGAUGUGUAUCUCCGUUUCGUUGGCGUCGAUCAGCGUGCUGGCCGCUCUGUAUGCCUUCUAUUGGUUUGUUCGGAUGAGGAGAAGCUUUCGUCAAGACUUGAUCAUGCUUCUAAUCCAGAGCGACAUGAUGAAGGCUAUGUGGCUUGUUAUAAACCCGAUCGUGUUCUUCGCGAACUCCUCGAUAAGCUCGAAUUCGACAUUCUGCCAAGUCUCAGGCUUCUUCUUGACAGUCACCAUCGAGGCAUCCGAUAUCGCCGUCUUGAUGAUCGCAGUUCACACAGCUCUGUUCAUCCUGAAACCUCAGCCUUUUGGUGGCUCGACUGGGCUGCAUCCAUACAGACGAUAUGCGUACAGUCUUUGGGCCAUCAUACCCAUAACACUCGCGUCAAUCGUCCCCUUUACGGGGGGCAGCUUCGCAGACAAUGGCACUUACUGCUAUUUACCCAUGCAGCCCCGGUGGUACCGAAGUGCCCUGAGCUGGAUCCCCCGAUACAUCAUCUUCGGAUUCAUCAUCAUAACCUACAGCUACCUUUACGUCCUUGUCUACACCCGAAUCCGAAAAUUCGGGAGGGACCAGAGAAGGGCGAGUACUCUGAGCGAUCCUUCCACGCAGAGGCGGAGGCACAAGAGUCGCAGUCUUGAUGUUCCGCACACACCCCCCAUACUCGACCACGGCCUGCUCGACUCACUCCGAAGCAGUCUAGCGAAUAGCUGCAUAGUGAAAGACCGUCAAUUCUCCGCCGCUUCCACAAUCAGCACUUUGCAACUAGGCGAGGGGUCGUCGACUCCGCCACGAAUAGCACCGUCUCGAAGGACUUCCGUCACGUGGAACCUCGGGGGCUUCAACCAAGAUGGACCAACCGAUACACACGCGGAGCCGCGAGCCGAAGACGCGCCCGUGAGCCCAACGACGCAGUCUUUCGACCUCGACACGGCGCCUAUCUGCGCGCCCGAGCCUGUCCACCACUCAACGACCAUGAACUCCCUCCAGUCGACGGUGCCAUCGUGGAGACGCCCGCUCUCGCUCGGUGCGCACACCAUCGGAAACUCGUUCCUCAACCUCGUCACCAUCCUGCGGCGGGGUCCCUCACGCUCCCCCAACAGCAUCAGCUCUUGCUCUUCCGUCCACCUCCCCGCCGAAGAAACCGAAGAAUAUAUGCAGCGCUCGCGCGAGCGCAUGCAGCGGCAUCUGUCCCUGCUGUUCGUGUACCCGGCUAUCUACAUGCUAACAUGGAUCGCGCCGUUCGUGUCGCAAGUUCGGUUCCGCAACACGGAUGAUGGCCAGCAGGCGACGCCGUUCGCGUUGCAGGUGGUCAGCAUGGCGUCGCUGUGCAUAGGUGCGGCGGUCGACUGCUGCUUCUUCAGCACGUGGGAGAAGCCGUGGCUGCACCUGCGCGGCGGGCUCUGGGAGGGUCUGGGCAUGCGGCUCAAGAUCAACCGCGGGUCAGGGGCGAUCGGCGGCAGCCUGCGGAGCGGCGGCGGCCGCACGAGGGAGGAAAGGACAGUGGAUGCGCGGACGGCACAGGCCCGGCGCGACCAGGAGACCUUGGAUCGCCUUACCGAGGCAUCGUCUGCGCGGACAAGGUCCGAGAGUAGGCCGAGGGAGUGGUGGGAUGUUGUGGAUCUUGAGAUUGGGAGCACGGCGCAUUUGGCAUGA